AUGAAGUUACUGGCAGAAGUUAUUACUCAUAAGCCUAAUGUGAACAUGCUCACAUGGGGCCCCAUUGCAUAUAACAUGAAUCAAUAUGUAUUUGACCAAGGUAUAUGUCCAAAUAAAUCAUUUUUUUACGAUGGUAAGUCUUGUUAUCAGGUUUUUCGUGAAUUAGCGAUCCUUCCAUGCGGCAGUGGAAACUCUAACAAAAAUAGUGCAGACGCUGGACAGGAAACCGGGAGUAAUUCAGCUACCACGAAUACUGACGGAAACUAUAGUAGUAGCAACUUUGAAUUACAAUCUUAUAUUGCGAAGGCAUUGGCCGUUUACAAGGAAUCAGUUGACAAGUACUGGGCAGAUGAGUUUCCAGAGGCCACAGUUUGA